AUGCCCUGCCGCCCGCGCCUACCACCGGAAGAGAGAGCCCGCCGUAAGAAGGAGCUACGCCGCCGCUACUACUACGAAAAGGAAAAGACAAACCCCGCCCUGUUAGAGAGGAAGCGGCAGCAGCAUCAGCAGCGUAAGCAGGCGCGGCUACGAGAGAAGAGGCAAACCAGUGUCUCUAUAGACGCAAACAGACAUAUCGCGCACGUGGGACCAUGGCUGAAAAGGCACACGCAACACGUAGAGCAGGAGCAACAAGACGGAUUCAACCCGACUGCGAGGAGCGCACCCACGCCAGACCAGGCGUUAACAUCACAGCCGGAAGAGCCCGCGCAAUGCAUAGAGCAGGAACAACUUCAAGAAAGCCUCUUCAGCCCGACCGCCAGGAGCGUCGCUAUACCAGACCAGGCGUGCACAGUCGCCAGUACUCCCGAGCAGCCUAUAACAUUCGGGACUGGAGACGUGACUGCAGCGCCGAGAAACGAAGUAACAAUCAGUGAAGCAAUGACAACGACAGCGACUGUAGCAGAGGAGGCACCAGCAGAGAGAGCGGAGAAAGAGAUACGUACGGUGCCAGAAGAUCCACCCUCCUCACUAAGUAGCCUCACUGCGCUGCUAGCUAGAAUGGACAAACCAAAAGGGGGGAGGCCGCCAAAAAGGCGAGCGGGGAGACCGCGCAAUAAUCCGUUAGACGAACGGUCAAAGGAAUACAAACGCAUGAAAGAUGCACAGCAGAAACUCAUCCAUGAGGCGGAACAGAAGCGCAUCCAAGAAGCUAGACACAGGAGAGAAAACCGAGCGAGAAGAAGAUCCGGGCUUCCGGAAGACAACGGGAAUGGCCAAGAGAGUGUAGAUGUCGAGCGUGAAUAUGGCGGCAGUCCAGCACUGGAUACCACGCUAGCAUCAGCAGCAAGAGAAGAGGAAACAAUCAUCAACGACGUCGGGAUGUACGAUGAAGAUGACGACAACACAAUCCCUCUCACCAACACCAGCCACGAACCCCAGCCCCACUCACAGCUCGACACUUCCGUCCGACCAGCUCAGGCGCGCCUAAUGACGCUGAGAGAAACGCACGCCCAACGCAUGGAGCAGGACCAGCCGCAAGACAACCCCACCCAGAAUGGUCCUUCCCAGGCCCCCGCAGCCUCACGCCCCCCGAUGCUGAUUAAGUGGCGUAUGGUAUCCGGGACCGGAGGUGCGACUGCGGCGCCGAGGAACGAAGCGGUGACGACGGCGGCGACGACAGCAACUAUAGCGUCAGCAGCUUCUUUGGCAAGAGCAGGGGCAGCCGAGGAAGCAGGAAACCCGGCGCCCGCGGCGCAUGCAUCGCAGCAGCAGGCAGUGCGUGGCGACGUUCACGACGACGACAGCUCAAGGCCAGGAGAGGAGGGAAGCCAAUCUCUCCUACACCUCACGAUGCCUAGUCUCCAAACCAAUCCAGGAACCGUGGACUCGCACAUCUGUGCCGGCAUCGUCACUUCCCGCUUCCUCUACAGCGAGCCCUUCCCCAAGAUUGCCGCAAUGUGGAACGUAUCCGAGACCACUGCUCGCGCCAUCUGCUCCAGUGCCAAGGAAAUUUCUCACAACAGCGAGUGCAUCCGCGAACUAGUGUUGCACUGUGAAUGCCUGCCCCGAUCAGGCUGGUCCGUGAGCUCCCACGUCUAAGAUUAACAGUUAAUAUUGCGGUCAACAAACCAUCUACGCAGCCAGUAUAAACCCCAAAACAAACCUCUACAACCCCCACACU